AUGGCAUCGCCUAUCCGCGAGAGAAAGAUCUCAGUCUUGGAAAGAUUUAAGCUCAUUAUUUGCAGCUACAUAAAACAACUUCAAGACGAGAAUGAGGAGCUUAAGCGGAAGACAUCUCUCCCAUCUCAGGCUAGUCCGUCAGCAAGCCAGGUGUCGGACCAGAUCGUGGUCAACACAGAAGCUCACGAAGAAAAGGAGGAGGAGGAAGAAGAGAUCUCCACCGCUGAAGUGGUCCAUCCCGUCAUUGAACAGCGGAUAUGUGAUCCUGCAGCGCCACGGCCAGUUUAUGUCGGCGCUGCCGCGUUUACUGCCUUCGCCAACAUCUUAUGGCACGAUGGCCCUACACCACCACGGAACGUCAAAGUGUUCAAACAUCCAACCCUUCAACGCGCCAUCAAGACCGACUACAAACUCCCGAACUACACAUACGCCAACCUUCUUGUCCAAGUUGUCUUGAGAUUUAUCGGAAGUGAUUACCACUUGCUGAAGAAGAAGUCUUUCUCUCAGAGAGUGGAUCGGCUCUACGGCCCCGCAACGGAGCAAACUCCGGACACCAUGUUCCUCUGUCGGCUGUUCGCAGUCUUUGCCCUCGGUGAGCUGUAUCUCAAAAAGUCGACAAGUCAGCGAGAAGUGCCAGGUGCGAAAUUCUUCUUGCAAUCAGUGUCGCUAUUUGAGGAGUUGUACGAGGAACCCAACAUAGAGUACAUCGAGACUCUGCUCCUGAUGUGCUUUUACUCGCAUGCCUUGAACAGACAGAACACGGCAUACACAUAUGCGGGCAUUGCGUUACGACUGAGUGUCACUAUGGGUCUUCACAGGAACAUCACGUAUGACCCAAAAACGCCCCCAGUUGAGAUCGAAAAUCGGCGGCGCGUCUGGUGGACCGUAUACACCUUCGAUCGUCUAUGCAGUGCAAAGCUGGGCCAUCCGGUGAUGAUCAAAGAUGAAGAUAUCGAUGCCCCAUUUCCCUCAUCCGACGGCCUUUCUGCCGAGGAGCAGGAGGAGUUCGUGGACGCGGGUCAACUCAUCGCCAACAUCAGAUUGGCCCGCAUCACUGGUCUACUUCUAGAUCACACUUACAAAAUUCACUCGCCCCACGAAAAGACCUUCGUCAGCAACGUCCACAGAAUUCUCACGAGUCUGAAGGAAUGGGAUGCGACACUGCCUCCUGAAUUGGCUCUCGACCACAGCAGAACCCCCUCGUACAGCACAAGGGCAGUCGCUUCUUUGCGACUUCACUUCAACCAGUGCGUGGUAUUGACAACGAGGCCUAUCCUCCUCUUUCUUUUCAAAUACUACAUGCGCCAAUCUCAAACUCCGUCAUCGCCAUCAUCAGAGUCUACGAAGGUGCUGCCGCCAAUGACAAUUGCCUUGGGAGAGGCCUGUAUAUAUGCUGCUAGAGCAUCCAAUCGACUCCUGAAGCAGCUCUGGGUGGAUGGGGCCAUCGCAACCUUCGGAUACUUCGAUGCUCACUUCAUCUUCUCAUCCACUAUCAUACUCAUUCUCUCAAACAUUCUGAACCCAAACGAUGGCGACCGUAACUCCGUCGACUUAGCGUGCACGCUGCUGCAGUCCAUGGCCGACGACGGUAAUCUCCCAGCCGCCGAACUUCGCGACCGACUAGCAACACUCAAGGAGGACCUCGAGAGCAAGUAUGCCACUAGCAGCUGCCAGGUUACAGGUCCAAAACAAGGGUACAUGACAGCUGCUGGUACCUUCGCCGCGCACGUUGCCCCGACCUCGAGUCGGCGAAAGGGCGACCCCAAUAGAUCGCAGACUGGCCAGACACCCUCGACAACAACAAGCCCCGCAGCUGAGGUCUCCUCGGUCGGUAGAGCUCCCUUCGAUGAUCCCUUUAUUCAAGACUUCCUGGGCCAGCCAUACUCAGAGUGGAGUCCGAGUGCUUUUGACAUUACGAAUGAUGAAAUUGGCGUUUCUUCUUUGGCUUGGGAUAUCAGAACGACGAAUGACAUCUAA